AAUUGAAAGUUUAUUUUUUGAAUAUGAGUGAAUCUAGAAAAUCUCUAAAGGCAAAAUCAUGGUUUGAACCUAAUUUUGAUAUUUUUAAUAUACCAAAAAAGAUUCCGAAAUAUGAUGAAACAGUUGCCGAUUGUGAAAAGGAUAAUAAAUCUUCUCUAAAUUGUAAAUCAAAAGCAAAUACUUCAAAAAAAAAUAAAGAUUUUAUGGACGCGUUUCAUCCAACAAGUGUAGACGACUUAGCAGUAAAUAAGAAGAAAAUUGAUGAGGUUGCUUUUUGGUUACAACAUGCCUUAAAAUCUAAGUCGAGAGCUCCAAUGUUACUGUUAACUGGACCUUCUGGUGCUGGUAAAACAAUAACAGUUCGAUUGCUUUGUAAACGUCUAAAAGUACAAAUUUUUGAAUGGAUUACUCCUUCUGAUGUUGAGUAUUUUGUCGAAAAUAAUUAUCAGAAUUAUAAUGUUCGUCCUAAACAAGUCGAUUUAUUUAGAGAAUUUCUGCUUCAAGCUCGUUACCCAUCUAUAUUCAGUCAAUUGUCUGGAGAAUCAAAUCAAAUUACUUUAGUAGAAGAUUACCCAAAUGCAUUUAUUCGUGAUCCGGGUGAAUUUCACAGUAUUUUACAAAUGUACUCCGAGCAGUGUAGAUCUCCUAUAAUUUUUAUAGCUACCGAAUCGAAAGAUAGAAGUAUGAAUAUUGGAAAGGACUUAUUUCCACAAAACAUCCGAGACCUAUAUCGAAUUGAAACAAUAAGCUAUAAUUCCAUCGCUCCAACUGCUAUGAAAGCAGCUAUGAAAAAAGCUAUCGUAAUUAUGAAUAAAGAUUCAAGUGAUUCUUAUAAAACUGUACCUCAAGAUUGUGUUGAUUCUGUGAUUUAUUCUUCAAAUGGUGAUAUUAGAAAUGCACUCAUAAAUUUACUUUUCGCGGCAUUAAAAGAUUCAAGUUCGAUCCCUGUAAUAGUUAAUGAUGAAAUUAAUAAAUCUAAAAAACGAGUUAAGACUAAAAAAUUGAAAAAUGUUGGAUGUGACGAAACUAUUGACUUAAUGCAUGGUAUCGGACGAGUACUUUACCCAAAACGAUCUGAAAGUUUAACAAAUUGGCGAUUCAUACAUAAUCCAGACGGGAUUGUAAACAAUUUUUUAUCAAUGCCUUCAAACUUUAUAGCGUUCUUACAUGAAAACUAUCCUAGCCACUAUGAAAGUAUCCAUGACCUCUGUACGGGAGUUGAUAUGUUAUCAUUAUCAGAUUUGUUUUUACAGGAUUGGAGAGAAAAAGAUGCUUCUAAUUUGUUUGCAUUAAACAUUGCUAUCAGAGGUCUAAUGGUUUCAAAUAAUAAUACAAGCUCGUCUUGGAAUCUUGUUCGAGGACCUAAGAAUUUAAAAAAUGAAAAAGAAAAGCCACGGCAUUCUUUGCUACCGGAAUUUUGUCCUCAUUCAGAAUUAGUUUUAGAUUAUUUACCAUAUUGUAAAAUAAUAAGUCCUAAGUAGACGUAUUUUUUAUUUUCUUCG